CUCCAAAACACAAGCUUCUCCUUUUAGCUCUACACUUCUUCCUCUUCAUCCUCUUCCUCUUCUUGAUCUCUUCUUCUUCUUCUUCUUCGUUUUGGGUUGUGGGUUAGGGUUUUGGGGAAUGGGGAGGGGGAGGGUGGAGCUGAAGCGGAUCGAGAACAAGAUCAAUCGGCAGGUGACCUUCGCGAAGCGCCGGAAUGGGCUCCUCAAGAAGGCCUACGAGCUCUCCGUGCUCUGCGAUGCCGAGGUCGCCCUCAUUAUCUUCUCCAACCGGGGCAAGCUCUACGAGUUCUGCAGCAGCUCCAGCAUGAUGAAGACACUCGAGAGGUACCAAAAAUGCAAUUAUGGGGCGCCGGAAACAAAUAUUAUAUCAAAGGAGACUCAGAGUAGUCAACAGGAAUACUUGAAACUUAAAGCACGUGUCGAGGCCCUGCAACGUUCGCAAAGAAAUCUCCUUGGCGAGGAUUUGGGCCCACUCAGCAGCAAGGAACUUGAGCAACUGGAGCGACAGUUGGAUGCAUCACUGAAACAAAUAAGAUCAACACGCACCCAAUACAUGCUUGAUCAACUGGCAGACCUGCAGAGGAGGGAGCAAAUGCUUUCUGAGGCCAAUAGAAGCCUAAGGAGAAGGCUGGAAGAGAGCAACCAGGCUAGUCAGCAGCAGGUUUGGGAUCCGAACGCACACGCUGUUGGUUAUGGCCGGCAGGCUGCUCAGCCUCAGGGUGAUGGCUUCUUCCAGCCUAUCGAGUGUGAACCCACUCUCCAAAUCGGGUACCAUCCUGAUCAAAUAACAAUCGCGACAACUCCCGGGCCAAGUGUGAGCAACUAUUUGCCAGGAUGGCUUGCAUAAGGUAAUUAAGCAGGUAUUUCUCUGUACACAAUCCUUGCUGCUUUUGGGCCAACACUCUCUCCCUGCUUGUGUUGUAUUGUUAGAGACCCAAUUUCCCACGAAAAUGUUGUGUUUGAUUGUAAUAGUUUGUAUUAUCUAAACUGUUCUACUGGUGCUGCUUGCUCUUAUUUAAUUAGGCACGAGCUUGUAUUUCAGAUACUUGUGUAAUAAGCUACUGGAAGGAUUCACCCUUUUAACUAAUGUCUAUGUAAUUGUAUGGCAUUUGGAGUAUUGUCA